CCUUUAAAGCAAAAUCCUAUGAGAAAUGGCUGUGAUACCAGAACAAUAUAACUUUUAUUUCUAGAUUUCGAAAUGUUUAUCUGAACCCAAACCCUUGAAGACUUUUCUUUUUAAAUCAAAACUGAUUUUUUCAUAAUGUUACAACCCAGGGACACACACUUAACUGUUUAUAUGCCACAACCAAGCAGUUGAAUCAGCAAACGGGCUGUGCAGCAAGGGGGCCCACACAGCAGCCAUAGGGGGGACAGCUGUACAAACCUACAAUAAAACUCUACAAAAAGGUAAGUGCAAAGCUAUAAACUGCCCACCAAUAAAAUGGCCGCGCUGCCUUCAUCAUUUGCCGUGAUUUGAAACUUAGCGCCCAUUUUAUUUGCCUGUAGCUUUGGGUUGAACCGCAGCUCAUGUGCAGGACAGAGUUGGUCUGAUGACUGAGCCCUUAGGUUUCCAGCUGUCCGGGAACUCAGUGCCAGCAACCUUACUUCUUCCUGCAAAGUGAAAGGGGAACUUCCGGCUCCUCCCCUGUACUUCCUGCUGGAACAUUUUCAUGUUUAUUGCGAUCUGUAGAUAUUUACCUCCCUGUUCCUUUUAUUCAUAUCACAUUUAGGCGCCUUCUGUCAACUUCUAUUCACAGCCUGGAUAUAACUGAGGUGUCUGGGGACUCCCUGAGGGGCAGGCUGGGGAUUGUGUCCUGUGUCCCUGUAACUCCCUCCCCUGUGUCCCUGGCAUUGUCCCUCCCCUGCACUCACAUCUCCAGCCUGGGCUACUGGAUGCUGUAGAGAUGCCGUUCCCCGGUGCCACAUUGGGUGCUGAGCCCCACACUGACCUGUCGCUAUUAAAGAGGGAAGAGGAUGCAGUUCCUGUGACCGGUUCCCCCGAGGCAGAAGCAGAAAUAUUACAGGUAAAGAUAGAGAAAGAAGAAGCGGACUCAGAAGGUCACUCUCCAGACUCUCUGGAUCAUCUGAACUCAAUAGAUCACUCAUUUGCUCCUCUUUCAAAUGGGGACUCCUCCGUGGCACUAAUGAAAAUAUCCCAGACAGCAAGGAGAGACUUUCACCUGCCCAGAACUAAAAGCUCUACCGUUACACUUACUGAUUCAUAUCGGCUGAUUGAGCUCGUAGAGGAGCGCCCGGGGCUGUAUAUGACAGAAUCACCGGCAUACCACAACAAAUACACCAGGCGAAAGCUAUGGGAUGAGGUAGCAGCUAAUCUUAUAGAUCGAUGGGAGAAUCUAACUGAUCAGGAAAAGAAUUUAAAGGCAAAGGAAAUCCAGCUGAAAUGGAAGCACAUAAAGGACUGUUACCGCAGGGAGGUGACGAGGCAGAAUAACGAGGGGCGCAAUGGCUCUUUACAGCCCAAGCGAAAGAAAUAUAUAUAUGCAGAUAUGCUGACCUUCCUCAUCCCCUGCUUUGCCAAGCGGCCCCCCUCUGGGAAUUGUGAAGUGAACCAUGAGGAGGACCACUUGCAAGGAGAGCGGUCAGACACGAGCAGCGCACACAUGUCCCCGACCAACGUGACUCCGCCGCGCACACAGGGAAGGCACGGCUCUGCGCCGAGGAAGAAGAAAAAAGAUGGGGAGAUCACCCCCGGGGAGGUGAAGGACAUGUUCCACACGCUGGUCAAUACCAUCGCAGGGAGGGAGGCUGCAAAGACCCCCCAUCCCCAUGAACAUCUGCCGGAGUUUCUGUUCUUUCGGGGGCUUAUUCCGUCGGUGCUGAUGAUCCCCGAGGGGCAGAGGCCUCUCAUGCAGGCGGAGGUAGUGCAAGUGAUCAAUAAAUAUAUCCCCCACCUCCGCCCGACACAUCCGACUGCCCCCCGUCACUAUCCGCAGUCUUACACCUCCAACUUUCCCCAUCACAUCUAAUGCCAUCUGGGAUUGGCUACCGCGUCACAUGGAGGGGAACAUCACUUACUGAACUGUACGGACUCCUGGGAGCCGGCUGGGAAUCUCGCCACACGUUGACACCCAAAUAAAAAUAUAGAUUUAUUUUGUACAUAAUGAAAGGAAAUGGUAAUAUGAGCAAUAUAAAUACAGCUAGAAGUUAUUUGUAAUGGGGUGCACCUUUAACUUAACUUUUAGUAUUGUAUAGCUUUUGAAUAAUUUGCCUUUAUUCUCCUGGCUGGGGGGGUCACUGACCCAGCAGCCAAAAAAACAGUUGCGCAGUGAGGCUACGAUUUUGUUAUAUUUUAUUUAUUGCUGAUCUUUCUGUUCUGGUCUCUCCUAUUCAUAUUUAUGUCCCUCAUUCACAGUACUGGUCUGGUUGCUAGGGUAAAUUGGACCCUAGCAACCAGAUAGCUUGCUGAAAUUCCUACCUGGAGAGCUGCUAAACAAAAAGCCUAAUGAAAAAAAAAAAUAAUAAUAAAAUAAAGACUAAUUGCAAAUAUUCUCAAAAUAUCACUGUUUACAUCAUAUUAAAAGUUAUUUGUAAGGUGAACUGCCCUUUUAAUAGAUAAGUCAACCCCAAAAAUAGUUUUCUGCCUAAUAAAAGAAAACAUAAUUCUAAGCAACUUUCCGAUAUGAAUGUAUUGAAAAAAUGUCAGUGCUUUAAAAGUUACCAGUAAGUGUAAAUGUCAUUGCUAGUGAAAGCAGCAUUGGCUGAACUCCUGGUUGGUACUGUUUAAACAAUGUUGCAAAGCUCAGUCUCCCCCAGGGGGGGUCAGUCUCCUCAAAAACCAUUGCAAAUUUGUAAACAAUGUAUAUUGUAAAGUUGAAUUUGUGUUUCUUUUAUUAGGCAAAAAAAUUAUAUUUUGGGUUGAUUUGCCCUUUAAACCCAAUAUCUGUCUCUAUUCCCUUCAGUGGGGGUUUUGACUACUGGAACAAAAUAACAAAAGCUGGAUCUGACAAGCAUGGAAAGCUUUGUGCAAACUGACGCCUUGGUUUGUACUGUGUUUCAAGCGCCAGAACCGGCAGUGCAGGGAUAAACAAUUCCAUUAUAAACCAUUGAAAUAAUAAAUGUACAAAUUCAUUUUCUCUCACUGUGCACAAAAAGGUUUGUAUUUAUAUUUUGGGCUCUGACAUCCCCUUUAAUAGUUAUAAUUGUACAGUUCUAUAUUUAUGAAAAUUUUUAUAGUUUAGUUUUAAUAAUAAAUAUUCAGUCAUUUCUUAGAAAUCCA